AAGUUAUGCCGUUUAACGCUUCCACCAGUGUUCCUGUUAUUCAUCCAUCUGAUCUUCCAACGGUCGAGGAAGUGAGAGGAUUUAAUGCUGAAGAACUUAAUGGCUUUUUGAAAAGGAGGUUAAACAACAUUAAUAAUCACAUAGAUACCUUGACAGCUCAAGAAGUCGAUGGUUCAACAUUCCUUGAUUUUACCGCGACAGACUUUGAAAGAUGGGGAAUACCAGGCG